AUGGCAGAUCGUCUAACGCAGCUCCAGGACACCAUAAACCAGCAAGCUGAACACUUUUGCAACAGCAUAGGUAUAUUGCAACAGUUCUCUACACCGAGCAAGUUCCCUGGCUUCGAUCGUAGUGGAUCACAGACCCCGCAACAGCAACAAAAUCAGGAGGAUUAUGCUAUGUUGUUUGCGACGCUUAUUUCUCGUUGUGCGAAGGAUAUUGAUACGCUGAUUGAGUCGUUGCCUAGUGAGGAGAGCUCUACUGAGCUGCAGGUGCAAAGCUUGAGACGUUUGGAGGCAGAGAACAAGGAGGCUGCUGAACAACUUGAAGAGGUAGUCCGUCAAGGUGAGAUCCUCCUGGAGAAGAUCCAAGGAGCUCUGAGUGAUAUUGCUCAGUGCCAGUUGGAUAUGCAGAACCCUGCACUGAUCCUCAAUAAAGAUGUGAAACCUCAAUUAUAG